AUGUCGCCGGGACUGCAACUGACGGUGGUGGACCGCCUGCUCAGGGACGUCAUGGCAUCGGAAUUACCGUUCGGCGGUAAAACCAUGCUGUUCGCCGGCGACUUCAGGCAGAUAUUGCCCGUGGUCCGGAGAGGGACGAGAGCCGAGAUCGUCAUGUCGUCGAUCAAGGAAAACGGUCUUUGGCGCGUCAUGGAGCGCUUCAAUCUGGUCCAGAACAUGCGCGCGGACCACGACGCGGACUUUGCGACUUGGUUGCUUGAGCUCGGCAACGGCCGACUGCCCGCGGUCGACGGCGUUCCGAACACCGUGCAAAUCCCGCGGCAAAUGGUAUGCGACGUUGAUGAUUUGAUCGAUUUCGUGUACCCGCAGCAAAUGUCGUUGGCCAACGUCGACGAAUUCGCUCGGAGAAUCGUUGUGUGUCCCACCAACGAAGACUGUAGAGGUGUCAACAGGGACGUGCUGGAGCGCGUCGACGGUGCUCAGAUGAGCUACACCGCCGUCGACACCAUGAUGGCGGACGAUCCCGACGAAGUGGCCAAUUUUCCCACGGAGUUCCUCAACAGCUUGGAACCGGACGGCCUGCCGCCGUACCGGCUGACGUUGAAGGUGGGGUGCAUCGUGAUGUUGCUCAGAAAUCUCGAUCCGAGGAGACGACUGUGCAACGGUACGAGGUUGGUGGUCACCGAACUGCGGCGUCACAAUUUCAAGGCUAGGAUUUUGGGCGGUGAAGCACAGGACGACGACAUCGUCGUGCCCAAGAUACCGCUCACGUCCAGCGGCGAGGACGACCUGCCCAUCUUACUGCGGCGCCUUCAAUUCCCGGUGAGAUUGUCGUUCGCCAUGACCAUCAACAAGUCGCAGGGUCAGACGUUCGACCGUGUAGGUUUGUUACUGACGUCGCCUGUGUUCACGCACGGGCAACUGUACGUAGCGUUUUCGAGGGUGAGAAACGCACAGUCCGUGAGAGUCGGCAUGUACGCCGAUGACAGCGGCCGAUUCGUCACCAAGAACAUAGUGUACAGGGAAGUUCUGUAA